AUGGCUCUGGACGUGGAAACGUGCGGUUUUAUCCGCGACAUAAAGCAAGCGUUAUGCGUUAUCAUUAUCCUGGCGAUUAUAGACCCCGGCAAGGUAUCUCCUAAGGUUGUGUGCUACUUCACAAAUUGGGCCUGGUACCGUCGUGGAAUCGGCCGUUAUUUGCCGGAAGACAUCAAUCACACUCUAUGCACGCAUAUAGUGUACGGCUUUGCAGUGCUAGAUAAUUCCAAGCUGGUGAUUAAGACGAAAGAUUCCUGGGCGGACUACGACAAUCGUUUCUACGAGCGGGUGGUAGCAUAUAAAAAGCGGGGUCUUAAGGUACUCCUCGCGUUGGGCGGAUGGGAGGACUCCGCCGGCGACAAGUACAGCCGAUUGGUGAAUAGUCCAUCCGCUAGGAAGAACUUCAUCGAUCAUGCCGUUCAGUUUAUCGCAAAUAACAGCUUUGACGGAUUGGACUUGUUUUGGGAGUAUCCUGUUUGCUGGCAGGCAAAUUGCAACAAGGGUCCAGAUUCGGAUAAAGAGAACUUUGCAGCUAUAUUGCGGGAAUUAAGCGCUAAAUUCAAGAAAAAAAAAUUGCUUCUCUCGGCAGCGGUCUCGGCGGACAUGCAGGUGAUUGACAAGGGCUACGACGUCCCGGCGUUGGCCGAGUAUUUGGACUGGAUCACCGUCAUGGCGUAUGACUAUCACGGAGAUUGGGACGAACGUACCGGUCAUGUUGCGCCUUUAUAUUAUCAUCCGGACGAUGAGAAGUACUACGAUGAGAUGUACUACUUGAACGCUAACUAUUCGAUUAACUAUUGGAUCUCGAAGGGUGCACCACCCAGAAGCAUUGUUAUGGGCACCCCAUUGUACGGCCGAUCAUUUUCACUUGCGGCGAGUAGCGUACACGGAUUAAACGCGCCAACCUAUGACGGCGGCAAAGCUGGAGAGGCGACCAAUGAAACAGGCUUCUUGUCAUAUUACGAGAUAUGUGAAAGAACGUUGAAGAAGGGAUGGACAGUCGUUCAGGAUAAAGACAGAAGAAUCGGCCCUUAUGCCUACAAAGAUGAUCAGUGGGUGAGCUUCGACGACGCUCAACAAAUUAAACUGAAGGCAGAACUGAUUAAGAAACUUGAUCUUGGCGGUGGUAGUGUUUGGGCCUUAGAUCUGGACGACUUCAACAACACAUGCGGCUGCGAGCCUAGCCCGCUAUUGAGAACAAUGAAUCGAGUUUUGAGAAAUUAUCCGAAGGGCCCGCUGUGUCCCAUUACAGAAGGAGCGGUUGUAAUCGACGUCAGCCAAACCGACAUUGAAUCCACAAUUACUACAAAACGUCCAAUGUACGAAUCCACUACAUCAUCAAGACCAAUAUAGGGGAAACCGGGGCACCAUAAGCCAUAAAAAUUUAAACUCUGAAAAGUAUUUUGAA